CUUUAGUUCUCUGCUUUUUUUCUGUGGCUGCUGCUGUCAAAUAUCUGUCCUCGCUGUCAUAAAUCCCAUGGGGAGUUUCAUUAUAUGUCGGGAAUCCGAAUAAAGCAGGUUGACGUAGCGAAGCUCUCCCUCACAUAAGAAAGCGCAAGGUUGAGGCUCGGAUCAGAUCCCUUCAGAGAGCGGAGCGCUUCUCACACCUGUAGACAGAGACAAACUUUCGUUUUCCGUCUCUCACCCCGGCUGGACUCGAGCUCGUAACCCGCUUACGAGCCCUGCUCAAACCGAGCUCGUAUUACAGCUACUUCUACAUUUUUUUUCUCUCUCUCGCGUUCGAACCGUGAGGCGCAACUUUGGGCAGCGACGCUGAAGCGAUGGAGCCGUCCGUCAUCCCCGGCGCGGACAUGUCCGACCUCUACUCCAUGAACACGUUUAAUGUCACUUUCCCCGACGAGGUGAUGGGCUUCGUUCCCGACGGGAGGAACUACACCGAGCCUAACCCGGUAAAGAGCCCCGCGGGAAUCAUCAUCGCCAUUUCUAUCACUGCUCUGUACUCCGUUAUCUGCGUGGUGGGACUCUUAGGAAACAUCCUAGUGAUGUAUGGAGUGGUCAGAUACACAAAGCUGAAAACUGCCACCAAUAUCUACAUCUUCAAUUUGGCCCUUGCAGAUGCUCUGGCUACUUCUACGCUUCCAUUCCAGAGUGCCAAGUAUCUAAUGAACACCUGGCCUUUUGGUGAGAUUCUGUGUAAAAUCAUCAUAGCUAUUGACUACUACAACAUGUUUACCAGUAUCUUCACCCUCACUAUGAUGAGUGUGGACCGUUACAUUGCCGUGUGCCACCCUGUGAGAGCGCUGGAAUUUCGUACCCCCAUCAAGGCGAAAAUAAUCAAUGUGUGCAUCUGGAUUCUCUCCUCUGCUGUUGGAGUGCCAAUCAUGAUAAUGGCCGUCACCAGAGGGACAAACCAAGGUGCCACUGUCUGCAUGCUGAAGUUCCCUGAUCCAGACUGGUACUGGGACACAGUAACAAAGAUUUGUGUGUUUAUCUUUGCAUUUGUGGUACCGGUGCUAGUCAUCACAAUCUGCUAUGGUCUGAUGAUCCUACGUUUGAGAAGUGUCCGUCUUCUCUCUGGCUCAAAGGAGAAGGACAGAAACAUGCGUAGAAUCACUCGAAUGGUCUUGGUAGUGGUAGCCGCCUUCAUUAUCUGCUGGACACCUAUCCAUAUCUUCAUCAUUGUCAAAACACUUGUAGACGUGAACCAAAAGAACCCCUUUGUGAUUGCCAGCUGGCACCUGUGUAUCGCACUCGGCUAUACCAACAGCAGUCUCAAUCCUGUCCUCUAUGCUUUCUUGGAUGAGAAUUUCAAGAGAUGCUUUAGAGACUUUUGCCCACCCUUUCGAACCAGAGCUGAUCAGAAUAGGCUUAACCGAGCAAGGAAUGCCACAAGGGAGCCAGUGUCAGUCUGUGCACCUUCAGAGACAGGAAAAAAGCCAGUAUGACUAGGCCUGGAGAGGAUCCCACGGGGGUCCCAGUCCAGAAGAGUUCAACAGGACCUGCAAUCUGAGGUGACUCAAAUCUCCACUACUGAAUUUUAGAAAAAAGAGCGGAAGAGCCACUUCUUAAAUCUUGGAAAGCAUACAGCUCCACCGUACUCAAUACUGUCUCAGGUUUUGCUUAUUCAGAAGAUAACCAGAGAGACAGAGUUAAACAGCUCCUCAUCAUUCAUUACUUUGUAAUGUGGAUUGACCCUGGUUUUCCUUCAGAAGAAACGCUAACACAACAAUUAGCCUCUUCCGAAAACAGUAUUAAAAACAGGGUUAAUGACCAGACUUUCGAUGUCCGGUGGAUUUUCAGGGUCUGAAAAUCCUGUCUGGUUUUGAGGACAUAACCCAAAAAUCUAAAUGAAGAAGCAUUCAUAGAAAGUCUGCAAACAAUGGAUGAUUCAAUUCCAUGUGAGUGAAAAUAGCUGCUGUUACAAUCAAAAGCAAGAUAGGCUACAAAAGCAAAUAGUGAAGAUGGGUUCCAUUUGGAGGAAACUGGCUCAAAAUUGAAAAGUAUUUUCAGCAGUUGUUUAUAUAUUUCAUUUCUUCUAUCUCUCAGAUAUUGGACUGGUAGAGGACAAGCAUUGGGGAAAUAGAAAAAACAUGGGAAACAGAUGUAAAAACUCUUCUCAAAUGUCGCAAACACUGAUGGAUACUCCAGGGGAAUUAUGGGAAAAUAUGUCUUGCUCCAGAACUUGCUGUGAGGUUGGACAAAAGUGAAGAAAGGUGGUAUGUUAUGACAUACAGAUCAGAGAGUAAACGGUUUGAACCUGAGCCUAAUGGAAAAAUAAAUGAUGGACUAAUAAAUAUUGAUGGAUUAUUAGCCAUUAUUGCUGAAGACCAGCUGACGACACCAAACUCUGCAUUUACUGUGGCUUCCUCUCCAAAUGACUCCAUUACUACAGCCCCUGAACAAACUUUUUCUAAUGUUGCCAUUUUUUGUUCAAUUACAGUGAAGAGGUGUACAGACAGAUGUCUGAAAUCCACCAUUUCAGAACAUUCCCAAUAAGUUUACUUAAAGAGUGAAGAAAACCCCACUGAAGAAACACUAAAUUACUAUUGAGUGUUGGAACAAUGGCACAUUAAAUGUGACAUCGAAUUGCAUUUAAUUGGCUUGAAAUACGUGAAAUAUUGAAUGUGUCCUGAAGCAAGGACAAAAUUCACAAGAAGCUCUUCUCUGAAGUUCAUGAUAUAUAACUAGUUAACUGAGGGUCGGGAGCAAGGCCAUGCCACGCCUCUAUCAAUCUUGUCCUAAUCGUCUGGCCAAAAUAUACAAAUGAGGUGAUACCCCCACCCUGAGUCUCUCUGGGCCAUCGAUUCCAGACGCCCUAAUCAACUUGUCCAUCAUUCUAUCCCCCAUACCUCAUCAUCCUCUUCUAACUCAUCCCUAACAUUCAGACCAAUAAACUAUUAUUUAUGUAUUCAGUUGUGGCGUGGUCCUUGCUCGUGAAGUAUAUAAAGAGAGAGAGCUAAAUAUUUUAUAUGCUGAUUUUAUGUGUAUUAGUUGAAUGUAACAUUGCAGUUCUUCAAUCGUACAAUAAUUUCUGAACAUGUUGAUUUUGAUUUGUAAUGAAUGCAGUUUGAUUAGCUUUAUAUCUGAUAUUCCAAACAAAAAAGCAAGUGUUUAUUUUUUUAUAUACGCAUAUAUAUUACUGUGCUUUUACAGUCAAGUGUAGCAAAAACGGAAUGUCUGUAUGUUUUAUUUUUUCAUUGUGUUUGGCAGCUUCAUUUUCUUUCAUUCCAUUUAAAAUCUCAAGAAAAAAUUUUUUAGUUUAAAGGUGUCAUAGAAUUGAAAAAUGUCUCUUGGUUACAUACGUAACCUAGAGACAUUCCCCUUCAGGAACUCAAGCUUCGUUCCCCACAAGAUCCCCACGCUACCAGAAUUUCAACACUCUGUGUUUAUGGGACCAGAGGCUACGAGUUGUGCCCCAUCAGUGGCCACACCUACAGCUUCCGCAGCUCUGGGUGGGGGUGAAAGACUUGGCCAAGUCUAUACCAUGGGAUGAAAUAGAAAGCACCAGAGGGGACUCUCGAGUGGCAAAGAACCUGAGCCUAGCUCUUGGGUGAAACAUCCAUUCCCCGGGCCUUGGCCCCAAGACGUCUGCUCCCAUAUUGAGAUAACCAGGGAUGUGCACUGUUCUUAAUGACAGGAGCUUCCCCUGGGACCACACAAGGAUCUGGUGCAGCAGCUUGCACAGACUUCCUUGGUGGUUGAUAUAAGAGACUACCAAUGUGUUGUCUGAGAGGGUGGCAACUCAUGACCGGUGAGAGUAGCGCAUCUGACGUUAGCGUUACAUGAUGACAUGGAACUCUUGGCAAGAGCCAAGGUUUCCUCCAGGCUGCAGGCCUGGAGGCUCAAGUGGGGCUUUUCUGAAGUUUCUGAAUGGGAACUGUAUUUACCUUGGCACAGUUGAAUAAUAACUGUACAUGGAAAUGACAUGCAGGGAGUUCUAGGCCAGUCGACAACCGAACCAAAACCCCUGAAUCAUUAGAAGUUCUGCAGUUAUUGUAUAAUUACCCAACCACAUAACUGUGAGAGAAAGUAUUGAAAUAUAUAUUUUCCUCCCUUUGUUUCCUCGCUACUGUGUGAGCUACUGAAAGGAGCCCACCGUGAAACAGCCAGUCAGUAGAGCUCAACACUGAGCUGCACUGUAAAACAGCCAAUCAGAGCAAAACUCAACAUUAUUAUUCAUGACCAUUCCACAAAAAGAAACCUAAGCCACAUGCCCCCUAUACCUUCUAUGUAGAUAUCAGAGAACAAUUAAAAAUGUCGUAUCAAUGCAUUCUAUGGCACCUUUAAAAGGUGGACUGAAGAAUCCCCAUAAGUGCUUGGUGAAUUUUAAUUGCAGUACAUUUAAGUCAAUUAACUGCAUUGAUUUUGGUCUAUCUAAAAACAGCAUAGGCCUACUAGAUGCCUCAUAACUCAAGAGUAAGUGUAUUUGAUGCCUUGCCUCUGGAUAUUUUCUAGAUGUACUAGCUCACCGAGUCAAUUGUUUUAUUGUUAUGAUGCUAACAAAUGUACUGAGCUGUAAUUUUGUUGAUGAUAAGUGAUUUUAGUGACAUUGUAUUUGUGUUGCAUUUUUAAGAAAGGUAUAAAAAGAAACUACAAGAUCCCAGGUAAAAAACGUGUACACUUCCAUAAUGUAAAUUUUUUGUACACAAAUUUUGUACUUAAUAUACUGAAAUGAUUCUUUAGUACUUCUUAAGUGCUAAAGAUACUUAAACGUUUACACAAGAAGGAUACUAAAUACUUAAGUACUUAAGUAUUUAGUUACCACUUGUAGCACACUUAAAAGCAUCUUUCAUACAAUAGUACACUCAAGUGUGCUACAAGUCGUAACUAAAUACAUUUUUGAAAACAAAGGUAGUAUGUUAAAAGUGCAUUUUAGUUCAUAUUCACGGCGUCUCAAAACAGCACAGUUGAGUACACUUAGAUGAUCUUAACUUUAUCUUAAGAAGUACUAAAGAAUCAUGUUUAAUAUAUUAAGUACAAAACUAGUGCACAAAAAUAGAGCUCUUUAAUUACAUUAUGGAAGUGUACUUGUUUUUUUAACCUGGGACAGUAAGCACCUACAGAAACAUAAUCUGAUUUGUUGAUGGGCAAAAUAUAUAUGGGUUUGUUUAGGCAUCAGUUUGUGGGUCCAAGGUUAACAGACAUUAACAGUUUUUGUUCUACAACAUAUAUUUUUCAUACAUUUGUCAUAAUUCCUAAAAAAAGGUUCUCAAUUCCAAUAUCCAUGCUCUAUGAACUGAGCAAAAAAUAAAAGCAUGCUGGUUAGGUAUGUUUUGAUGCAUGGCUGUUGGUUUAAGCUGGUCAUGAGGUAGUUUAAGCUGUUCAAGUGUGAGCAGCUGAGAACCAGCUUAAACCAGCAGCCAUUUUUUCAAAACGCAUCCAACCAGCAUAUGCUGUUUUUUAAAAUGUAUUUAUUAAUAUUAUUUUGUUAGUUUUACCUUUAUAAAGAAUUUAGAGACUGGAAUUGAGAGCUGCUUUUAUGAAACUGUGUGUGCUAAAGGGACAGCUUAACCAAAAAUGAAGAAUUCUGUCAUCAUUUACUCUCCCUCAUGUUGCUGAACACGUAUUUUAAAGAAUGUGUUUAGCAAACAUUCUCACAAUAUUAUAUAGAAGUCAUUUAAAAGCAUACUUCAACAUAUGUUAUCAUAUUCAGCAGAAGAAAGAGACUCAUAGAGGUAUGCAGGGUCAGUAAAUAUAUAUUUAUAUUUUGGGGUGAACUAUCUCUUUAAAAACACAAGUAUGCAUCAAAAUGUAAUACAAUUUUUUUUUUCUUGGACUACAAACUGAACUGUUCUAUACACUCACCAUACAACCCAUGAGGACUGCAUGUUCUGUAUUAAAAAAGUUAUGAAUGGGUACUGUAUUUGAAAUAAUGGUGCAUACCUGCCAGUUAGCGGAAUAUUCAGUCUAAUUUCUGGAUUAGUUACAUCUUUGAUGAAAAGCUUCUUUUUUGUGGAGUGAUCUGCACAGUCAUUUAGACUUUUUGUUAUUAUUAUAAUUUAUUAUUGAGUCUGAUUCCUGUUAUCUUUGCUGGUUGUUAAUACUUGGCACAACUGAUAUAAUAAAUAUAAUAGAAUAAAGCA